AUGAAGUUCAUCGGAACCAUCGCCUUCUCCCUUACUGUGGCUGUUGCCAUGGGAGCCAAGCUCACUGACUCUGCUGCCUUCGAUCACGCCAAGUCUCAGUGCGAUGUUGGCGAUAUCUCUUGCUGCAACUCCGAGGAGGACACCAAGGCUGACGGCAUCCUCGGCAACCUUCUCGCCGGAGGUCUUCUGAACGGUGUCUUGGGCAACUCCAACUCGCCUUGCGCUAAGACCAGCCUCAUUGAUGAGCUGAACAUCCUUGCCUCCAUUAAGAACACCGACUCGGGCCCCGUGUGCAAGAACAUCAUUGCCUGCUGUCCUGAGGGAACCACGACCGUGAGUUUUAAUGAUUAUCUCCAUUCAAUGCGCCAAUGUCUAACCAUUUGA